AUGCCAGGUAGCAGCCUCAAUCCUCUCAGGAGAAAAAGCAGCCUUCGUUCAGGGGUGAAAACACUAAGGCCUGAAGAAGUGAGUGGAACCGAGCAGAACCCCCGCUAUGCCCACGCCUCAGUCCUGGGGCCAGACCCGUCCCUGCGGCCCGUGAAUGCGGACACGGGGCCUGGAAAAUCUCUGCAGCGGUCAGAGACAGACACACAAAAAGCUCUUCAAGCUUUGGUUGAAGAUGAUUAUGAUGCAAGAAGGAAAGACCAUAUUUCUCAUUUCAUACUACGUCUUGCUUACUGUCAGUCUGAGGAACUUAGGCGCUGGUUUCUCCAACAAGAAAUGGACCUAUUUCGAUACCGGUUCAAUGAACUGACAGACAAUCUAAGGCAGAAAUUCCUGGAUCAUGUUAACUUAAAAUUUGAAGCUAUCAGUGAAGAUCUGAAAAACGAGUGGGCAAAUGAUCUGUGUGCAUCAACCCCUGGCCUCACUAUGAUUAAAGUCAAAGAACAAAUGUUCUAUAAGGUUGGACUUGCAGAUGCUGUGGAGCUGUUUAGAGCGAGAAGAGUGUUUAUCAAGGAUGGCUUUGCCUAUGUGCCUCUUAAGGAUAUUGAUGCAAUUGUUUUGAAUAACUAUAGAACAAAGCUGUCUAAAGCACUGGCACUGACAGCACGAUCACUACCUUCCAUACAGUCUGAUGAGAGACUACAACCUCUGCUCAAUCACCUCAGCCAUUCUUACGUUGGUCCAGACUACAGUGUGCAAAAAAACACUGGAAAAAUUUCUCUAGAACAAAUUGAUGCUCUCUCUGUGAAAUCAUUCCCUCUUUGCAUGCGCCAGCUGCACAAAGCCCUGCGUGAGAACCAUCAUCUCCGUCACGGAGGCCGGAUGCAGUAUGGGCUGUUCUUGAAAAGCAUCGGUUUAACUCUGGAACAGGCACUGGAAUUUUGGAAGAAAGAAUUUACUAGAGGAAAAGUAGAUGCAGACAAGUUUGACAAAGGAUAUGCUUACAGCAUCCGCCACAGCUAUGGGAAAGAAGGAAGGAGAACAGAUUAUACCCCGUACAGCUGCAUGAAGAUCAUCAUGUCCAAUCCACCAAGUCAAGGGGAUUAUCAUGGGUGCCCAUUCCGCCACUGUGAUCCUGAGCUGUUAAAGCAGAAGCUGCAGUUAUAUAAGGUGCCUCAAAGUGGAACAAAUCAGAUCCUGGAGUUAGUGAAGGGCAUGCAUUACCAGCUGGCCUGUCAAAAGUACUUUGAGUUGACACAUGAUGUUGAAGACAUCGGAUUUUCCUUGAAUCAUCCUAAUCAGUAUUUUGCAGAAAGUCAAAAGUUACUAAGCGGUGGUAGAGAAGUAAAGAAAGAGCCAAGUCAUGUGGGAAACUCUCAGCAGAAAAGUAGUGGUCAAGAAAGCACAAAUUCAAAUUCAACUCCUACCUCUUCCAACACAGCAACUGAUGCAGAACUGGAGGGACUGGAGGAAUAUUUUGCUGAAGACUAAGCAGCUUUGCAGCCUUUUUUUUUUUUUUUUCCCUUCUCUGUCCAAAUUCUUCCUUAUAAUAAGGAAUAUGCAUUUGGAUACCUAGAAGACAAAAGCAUUUAGUGCUUU